AUGCAAGAAAAAUUACCCAUAUCUGACCCUACAGAUGUGCAAGUCGUUUCACAGUACCCAAAGAUGAAGAAUGAUGAAGGAUUUUCUAGGAACACAAGUUUUUCUUCUAUGAAUUUUGACAUUUGCAGAAUAUGUCACUGUGAGGGUGAUAUUGACACACCCUUAAUAGCACCAUGUUAUUGUGCUGGUUCAUUACGAUUUGUGCAUCAAGUGUGUUUACAACAAUGGAUUAAAUCAUCAAAUAUACGAUGUUGUGAACUAUGUAAAUUUCAGUUCAUUAUGCAAACCAAAACCAAACCAUUUAGUCAAUGGGAGCAUUUAGAAAUGUCUGGCAUGGAGCGUAAAAAGUUGGUAUGCGCAAUGUUGUUUCAUAUAAUUGCCAUGACAUGUGUUUGUUGGUCACUCUAUGUACUUAUGGAUCGGACAUUGGAAGAAGUUGAACGUGGGCAGUUGGAUUGGCCAUUUUGGACCAAACUUAUUGUUGUGGGUAUCGGCUUUACAGGUGGUGUUGUUUUCAUGUACAUACAGUGCAAGUCAUAUUUUAUGCUUUGCCAAAGAUGGAAAGCAUACAAUAGGGUAAUAUAUGUACAAAAUGCCCCAGAAAAACCACGAAAAAAUCAAACUAUACUCAUUGAUGUUGCUGAGAGUAGUUCAGUUGAAACUAAUGCGGCUACAUCAAUUGUGCCUUUUAAACCACCCAUUGAACAAAAUGAUGAAACCAGUAUUGAUCUCAAAGGUGUACGUAAUGUUCAUAUAUUUUUUAAUAAUGAAGAUAAUCCCAUUAGAUUUCAAGAAGUAGACAAUCGAGAACAAGAAGAUAUUGAAAAACCCAUUUCAAGUGACACUGGAACUUCUUGGCAUAUACAGAUAGGAAAAACUCAAGGGGAAAAUCCUGAAGGUGAAUGUAACCAGGCAGCUGUAUGUCAAAGCAAUCAAUCAGACCCAUCUUUUUUAAAAUUGCAAAUUAAAACAGCAGAAAUAGUAAUCAAAUUUGGACAAAAUGAAACUGUUCCUAACGAAAAGGAAUUUGACAAUAAAAACGUUAACAUUCAAAUUGAAGAAUCAAAAUCUAAAAAUGACAUGCCUGAUAUUACAAAUCCAGUUCAAAUACGAUUGGAUUAUGGAAGAGACAAGAAUUAUGAAGACAUGGAAGAAGCCCACGGGUCUCCUUCCCAAUCGCCAUUGUUAUCAUCUAGAAGACUCUCUAACUAUAGAGAUGAUAAAUAA